AUGGCCUAUCAGAGACCUUCUGAAGGGGCUGACAAAGCAAUUCCGGAUGCGUAUCGAAAGGUAGACGAGCCUACUAACACCAGAAAGGACCAAAAGGCCGAGAACACGGGCAUUAGAGUUGAGAAAUAUACUAUUAUCCCAGGUCAUUUUGGUGCCUAUGUCCCUGCCCCAAUUUCCCGGGUGCUUCCUCUUCGGUCUACCAUGUUUGAAUGGCAUAAAGAACGUCGAAGAACACCUGCAACCAUUGAGAAGGUGUUAAUCGAAGAACUCCAGAAGAUGCGCAUCGCCAAAGUUCUUGAAGCCCCCAAGAGAUCUGCGUUUAAUUCCCAAUCAUCAAUUUUAAAUGGGCGAUUACAACAAAAGUUUCCACCACAGAAAUUCCACGCGACAUCUGAGAUGGAUAGAAAAUCAUUCGAUUUCAGAUGGGCUGGCUGCAUUUGGGCCGCCGAUGCGGAGAAAUUAUAA